UCCUCCUCCGUUUUCCACUCUCCCUGAAGUGAAGAUGGAUGUUGGGUUGUCUUCCUCCCAGGCAAGCAAGGACCCCAGCUGGUUAUUCUACACCCUCUCUGCCUUCGUCGGCUCCAAGACCCUCGGCUUCUGCGAUGCCUUCACCCUUCUCUCGCUUGCAAUUGCUCUCUUCGCCACGCUCGCUGUCUCCUGGUGGCUCUCCUCUGGUGGCGCCGCUUGGAAGAACGGCCGCAACUCUCGCGGUGCCGUCUCCAUUCCCGGGCCCAGGGGACUGCCCAUCGUAGGCAGCCUCCACGUCCUGAGUGUCGGCCUCGCCCACCGCACCCUCCAGGCCAUGGCCCACCGCCUUAAUGCUAAGAAGCUGAUGGCUUUCAGCCUCGGCUCCACACCGGCGGUCGUCGCCUCCGAGCCACAGACGGCCAAGGAGAUCCUCACCUCCCCUCACUUUGCCGACCGCCCCAUCAAGCUGUCUGCCCGUCAGCUGCUCUUCGAGAGGGCCAUGGGCUUCGCCCCCAGUGGCUUCUACUGGAAACUCCUCCGUAGGAUCGCAUCCUCACAUCUCUUUGCCCCUCGACGCAUUGCUGCCCACGAGUCCGGUCGCCAGGCCGAUGCUUCCGCUAUGCUCGAAGCUAUCGCAGCUGAGCAAAGGGACAAUGGUUUCGUGUCGCUAAGGUCCCACCUGCAAGGCGCCGCACUGAACAACAUAAUGGGAAGCGUCUUCGGCCGGCGUUACGACCUUUCCUCGUCCGCAGAGGAUCGGGAGGUGACGGAGUUGAGGGAGAUGGUGCGCGAGGGGUUCGACCUGCUGGGCUCCUUCAACUGGUCCGACUUCCUGCCAUGGCUCAGUUUCUUCUACGACCCCAGCGGCAUUAGAGCCCGUUGUGCCGCUCUCGUCCCUCGAGUCAGAACCUUCGUCCAAGGCAUCAUCCGGGAGCACAAACUCAAGAGGGAAUCCGGCUCCAACCUCGCCGAUGGUGCUGACUUCGUUGACGUCCUGCUCUCUCUGGAAGGCGAGGAGAAGCUCCAAGAGGACGACAUGAUCGCAGUGCUAUGGGAGAUGAUUUUUCGGGGAACUGACACCACCGCCCUUCUGACCGAGUGGGUGAUGGCAGAGCUGGUGCUUAACCCUCAUAUUCAGCAAAAGCUUCAGAGGGAGUUGGAUGAUGUGGUUGGGAAGGAGAGGAGCGUGCAGGACACCGACGUCGCGAAGUUGCCUUACCUGCAGGCGGUUGUGAAGGAGACGCUAAGGGUGCACCCUCCCGGCCCUCUCCUAUCGUGGGCAAGGCUGUCGACGAGCGACGUGCAGCUGAGCAACGGGAUGGUGGUGCCGGCGGGGACGACGGCCAUGGUUAACAUGUGGGCCAUCACACACGACAACAACGUGUGGAAGGACGCUGGGACAUUCAAGCCGGAGAGGUUCGUUGAGAAGGAAGGAGGGGAAUGCGUGGACGUGAGGGGGAACGACCUGAGGCUGGCGCCGUUCGGCGCCGGCAGGAGGGUGUGCCCUGGCAAGAACCUGGGUCUGGUCACCGUCAGCCUGUGGGUGGCCAAGCUGGUGCACCAUUUCAGCUGGGAGAAGGCACCUGGGAAGGAGGUGGACCUGACGGAGGUGCUGAAACUAUCCUCAGAGAUGAAGAACCCUCUCUGUGCUGUUGCUACCCAUCGUGCUGCCAUUGCGUUUUAAUCGCGUUGAUCGGAUCUCACCGUAGGCAUCUCUCAAUUUUGACGAGCCUUGCUGAAUGUCUCUUCUUUCUAAA